AAGUGCAAAUUAGAGCAGACAGAACUUGCCUGCAAACCAAAAAUGCUAUCCGCAGUUAUCAUUUUUAUUUCUUGUGCUUUGGCUGCGGCAAAUCCGGGCUUGAAUAAAAGAUCGUGGAACUAUAUGCCAGUAUCGACUAAAUUAACGUGCAGGAAUGAAUCGAUUGCCAAUGGCGAAGUUCGCAUCGGUCUUUUAAGUCGUGGAAAUUACGCGUUUUCCGGUUUUUUUGACAUAAACAUUGACGUUCCCAAGGAAACGGAGACGGAGGUCAAUAUCUAUCGGAGCACCGAUGGCGGUACCACCUAUAAGAUCGAACCAUAUUCCGUACCGCGUCAGGGAUUCUACGAGGUGAUGAACUCCUACUACAAGGACAUCAUCAUGUCGUCAGCUGCCAAAUGCUCAAAUUUUCCCCAGUUUAAUGACACUUUGGAGCAUUUGGCUGCCCAGAAAUAUCAUUUCGAAAAAUGCGAACUGACCACCGAUGCACUACCCAACUAUCUUCCCGAUAGCCUGUACAAGAUCAAUGUCCAAACCUUUGGACUGGUGGAACUUGUUCUUGAGGUAGUCGUCGAAAUUACCCAAAAGGAUUUGUAUUAGAAAAAUAAAUAUAAAAUACUAAUACCAUUAAAAAACAAAUAAUCAUUUGCAGCAUA